ACGGAGCGCGGACCGCGGCCGGUUGCGCGGAGGGCACUUUGUGGACCUUCGCGAGAGCGGGAGGCUCGGCUGACGCACGCAAAGCUGGCAGAGCGGCAUCAGUGAGCAUGUGACACCGCUGACUGUGCGGGGCGCGCGGGCUGGCCGCCGCGUCACCGCCGGGAGGGGCAACGCCGACACUCGAUCAUUGUUUACAUGCCGACUAGUACACCAUCACAUUCCACUCGGCGCGGUCGAUCGCCUCUCGUCAUUUACGUUACGAUCUGCAUUUAAAGUGAAAUCUAUGCCAAAAUUGCAUUUCUUUCAGUGAAUGUGAUACAUUGUUUGUUGAGUGAUACCGGUUGUUAAUUAUACAGAAGUGAGAUCUUUAAACAAGCGACUAUGAAAUAAAAUGAAAAUUAGGUCUUGCCAGUUAGCGCCGAAGCAAGUGCGUUUGCUUCUAUUCAAGGAGUGCGACUGGCGAGGGAGGAAGCUUCUGUUCGAUUCAUCGACUAUAGAGAAAGUACCAGCGGGCAAAGAUGCCGACGCGAAGCAGACCGAUACGUUCCCGUGCGUCGUGGAAGUCGCAGAAGGAUUCGCUUAUGUGUAUAAAGGUCCAGCGGCAGAUGCGAGCGUACUCGGUGAGAUGAUAUUCGGCGCGGUUGCAAUGAGCUGCAAGGGCGUCUCAUUGAAGAUUCACAUCAUGGAUGAACCGAAAAGGUUAAUGUGCACGAAAGUGUUCUGCGUGCCAACAUCCCGGCGCAUAAGCAGAGUUGAGCGCAAAGUUGAGCCGAGCUCUGUUGAGCUCAGGGAGCGAUCCAAACCUCUCAACGUGCCGCUGCAGAAAGAAGAGGUCUCGCUGAGCUUUUCCAUUGACAGGGGAGACUCGGGUUUUUACGGGGAUCAAACGCCACACAGUAGCAUCGGAUCCACCUACGAUUAUUUCUCAAUGUUUGACGUUUGGGACGGCAGCAAUACUCAGGACGAUAUGUUCUCGUUUCACACCCCAUCAGGCCGCAAGCUAAGCACGUCGAGCAAUGGCAGUUGGCAGCGGCGCACGUUCAGAAAUCUAGCGACGCGCUUCGACCUCGGCAAUAGCUCUAACCUGCUGGCCGUGCCAAGCGGCUCCACUACCACCGACUCUCAGGUAUACAGCAGUAGCUCGACCAGCGGGACGAGCGACAGCCUGGCGAGUAGUUGCGCGGCUUUGAAGAAGAACAAGCUGGGGUUGGCACUGCUCAUCAGUGUCCCUGAUGCUGCUGAGAAAGACUUCAUCCGGCGAUGCGUGGAGAUGUCCCCCCGACUGCAGAGCAUGGUGUGUCGGCUACGCCUGGCCGCUAUGACGGCCGGUGCUGGCGGCAAGUUCGUCGCCACGUUGCAUCAGGCCGCACAUGACGCGGCUGGAUGGCUAUCACAACUGCUGUCCGGGCCACGACUCCAACCAGCGUGGCUCCGCCUCGUAUCCAGCGAGCCUCCGCGCUCGCACAAGCUCGCCGACUCGUUGCUCGCGGACUUGUGCGCGGUGCUAGCUCGCGCCGACACCAAGGACACCAACUUCUUCAUCAGCACGCUACUGACGCACGUGCUGACGUACCACCUGGGCUGGGUGAGCACGGUGAGCCCGUACGAGGGCCCCGCGCCGCCGGUGCGCCGGCCGCACAACGCGCUGUGGGCGCAGCUCGCCGACCUGCACGGCGCCGUCGGCUUCCCCGUCCGCCAGGCCAAGACCAUCAUCAGCGGCGCCGAAACCCUCUUCGUCAACAAACUCCUAGUCGUCCUCACAUACUUCGUCCGCUGCGGCGACGUCGUCCGCAAUGACUUCGAGUUCGACGACAGUGUUCUUAGGGAAAGUGAAACGGUGACGCUCAAAAGGACCGCGCCGGCCAAGUGCGAUAGUGUCAAGGACGAUGCGACGCCCGCUCCGAGUCGCGGCUUCGGGCGGACGACGACGCUCGCCAAUCUAAAUCGGCAGCUCUCUACUAGUGUAGAUUUCGAGGAACGGUGCUUGUCGAGCGAGAAGAGCACGAGCGGAAUCAGGAGGAACCCUACGAUGAUGCUCGCGGCCAAGUCUUCCUCAGAUUCCAGUCUCGAUUCGACCGCGUCCGAGGAAGAGGUGGAAAGGAAGGUCGUGUUCGUCCUCGGCGACGAUGAGAAGCUAGUCGGGUUGAAGAACAAAUCGAACGGCGGGAAAAGCGUAAAAAGAUCCUCCAAAAUACAACACGAGCCGCUAAAUCUAGACGCGAUAGAGAAAGCUGGCGACGAGGAAAAGAAAGGCUGCGACCAGAAGCCCUGCGAGCAGAAAUGCACCCGGAGCGCCGACAGCCCGUCCAAAUGCUGCGCGCAAACACUUCAACAUUCCAAACCAAUAAAACAUUCCGGCUUUAAGUUCGAGUUCGAUAAAUACCCUCAGAUAGUCACUAAUUAUAUGAAAAGCAAGAACUUAGAAAUAUUAGAUAGGCAUUAUAUCGGGAAACCGGGGAAUCUGAAGCUUGACAAUUUCCAGUUCGAUCCGACGAUCGUUCCGCCGAUACAAGAGGAGCGUUGCGAGGCGUGUUACAAGUGUCAGAUGAUGGAAUCUAUGCUUCAGACUCCCACGAACGCUUCCGAGUUGGAAUACAUGAACGACGUACCGCGGCAGUCCGAUCCUCAGUACGCGAAGGAGGCUACAGUGAGCGAUAGUGUUCAAGUGUCUCCGAAGACUUUUGUUAGGAGAAAAAAGGAGGCGACUUUAGUAGUGAACGUUAAGCCUAGUGUGUCGGUGGAAGUGAGCAGGGUAGACGGGUGCGGAGGCGGGAGCGAGCGGGACAGAGGCAGUGUGCGGCAGGUGAUCGAGUUCUCGGUGCCGCGGCUGGUGCGGCGGCCGGCGGCGGCGGCCGGCCUCGACGGCUCUCUACUCGGCGGGGUCACCAACCAUUAUGUACCUGAUUUAGUUUUACAAGGAACAAUAUCGAAACCUCAAACGUGGGAGAUGGAGCUCCGGCGAGAUCUGGAUUUGGCGUCGUGCCUCAACAAGGCCAGCGAGGCGUGCGCUAUGCCGGUCGCUAUCGUCGGGGAUACUGACGCUUGGGAGGUGCGCGUGGUGGGUCGCGAGGCGGGCGGCGGCAUGUCGGCGCUGGUGGGCGCCAUGCUGGACGCGCUGCCCGCCAUGCGCCGCGCCCGAGUGCCCGCCUACCAGUGCCUAUCAUAUUUAGAGGGUAAGCUGCGCGAGUUCUGCGUACUGUCCAAGACGCUCGCCGACAUGCUAAUGUCGACAGAUUUCUGCGACAUAGCCACGCUCACCAAGACUCUCAACAUCGACGUCAACGACGUGCCGCUCCUGCUCGCCAUCGCCACCACUCACACACCUCAAGUCGCCGCCAGAUACGGCAUCAGUUAUAGGUAGCAAGCGAAAUACGAAUUUGUCUUAUUACUAUAAAGCUCAAUUUUCAGUAAGCUGCUAUGUGACCUAUGUAGGGUGGGAACGAGUAACAGAUUUUAAGCACGCAUUUCUGACGUCAUAAGGAGCAAAAAAGAAAUGUUGUUGCAUGUUUGUGUGUUCUCUACACACGACACAUUAUUUCUUUCAUUCAUCUUUGCGAGAAAAAAAAAUUACAACGAACCAGUAAUUUUUUGUACAGAUAUUUUUGAGAGUUUCCUUUAAACUUUAAUGUCUGUCAGGAGGUAUGUAUGUCUAAACAAAGUCACAUAGUGGUGUGUCGCAGUCAUAAAGGCGUUUUUCACUGAGUUAUUACGCCAAUAAAUCUUCACAAGAAUUGUCAUUAUCUCUAAAACAAGACCUAUUUCAGAAAAAAAUAUACGACAUUAUAGUCUCUAAAUGCGGCCAAGAAUACGCAUUUCAAAUCUGUCGGGUUACUCGUUCCCACCCUGUAUAAAACUAAUUGUGAUGAUAUAGAACUCGAUUUCGCUUGAUGUUUAAAUACUGUCUUGUCAUUAACUUAAUAUCAAAUAUGCUACAAGGCUGCCUAAAUAGUAUAAGCUUCAUUUAAAAAGAGGUCUCACUACUAAAAUUAUCUUGGCUGGUUUAGGACUGAUAAACACCUUUUAGUAGUGAGCCGUCUUUGAGAUGACUUCCAGCGAUUUCGAAAAUUCAAGUUUGAUCUUUUUGUAAGGAAUUAGAGUGAGUAUUAAUACACGCUAGACUCAGACGGUUCAUGACGGUUUUCAUUUUGUUGUAAAAAAAAGCCCCGGUUGUAACUAAAUUAGUUUUAAUAUCUCAUAUUUAUGAACAUAACACAAAUGAAGCGUUUCGGGAAAGCUCUCAAUCUCGCUGUAAUCCACCUUUUUAACUUCACAUAGACCGUCUGAGUUAAGUAGUAGAGAAGGUAUGUUGGAUUAAAUACUAUUAAGACUGUUCUAUCAACUUGUGAAAUAAGAAAUAUUAACCGGGGUGAAUGCGGUGGAUGGGAUCUGUGAUUAUUAAAGUUUAUUCUGUAUAUAAACCGGAUAUAUAUGUUAUUGUAAUUAAAUCAUGGAAGGCCUAGAAAGAUAACUGUAAGAUGCACUCACAAUACUGUGGUUAAAAACGUUAGCAACCCAAAAAUUAUUUGGUAACCUAUUGAAAGCUAGGCGACGAAAGAAUAUGACGUGCCCCGGACGCCAGGCGUUCGCGGUUAUUUAAGCGAAAUUGAACUUUACGGAGUCCCGCGUAAGUCUAUUGCAUUGGCGAAGCUGACGGCUGUGGCCGUCGAUGAAGACUUUCCUAUGACAGCAUCAGCCGUCUGUGGCGGUCAAAAGGUUAAACUAUUUACUAACUAUUUAAAUCCUGCUAAAUCACAACGCUACUAGCAUCACAGUUAUAUUUGUGUUAAAAAUUAAAGGUCAAAUAUUAUAUUGUUAUCACUGAACGUUUUACGAGAUAAUUCCAUAGAAACUAUAUGUACAGUAAUCAUGCAAAAUAUAUUAUGUAUAAGUAUGCAAAACGUGUAGCUAAGCUUCAUGUUAGUAAAUUAUUUAUUAGCAUUUUCAAAAUGCCUAGUCUUAAAAUAAAUUUGAGAUAUUAUCAGCUUUUAUAUGAAUAUGAAAUUUAAAAAUGUUAAACAUUUAAAUGUAAAGUAUAAAUUUUGUCACAUGUAUCGUGUCACGCCAGGAUUAGUCAUGUUUUUUAAAUAUUUAAUGUUAUUAUUGUUAUAAAACAAGAUGAAGUGUAAAGUCAGAUUAGCAAGAUAAAUGUACUUCUAUUUAGUAAAAUAUUUUUUUUUGUAUAUAACUAGCAAUAUGAUAGUUGGAUGUCAUGUUACUAAAGAGGCGCUUUCGAGAUUGAUUUUCGUACAUUGACCCGACUAUUGCUAUCUCUAUCGCACGUGCAUUAUUUAAAGGACGGUUACAAUUAGCAAAGUACGAAGCUUAAUGAUCAACUAAAAUAAGCAUUAAUCAUUAAACGUUGGACAUGAAAUUGUAGGUUUAUUUUGUAAUAAUUGUAUGUUUACCUUGCUAUUCCUGACUCUGUGUUUCAAGCAAUAAUCAGGAUCUGAGGUCAUUUUCGUAUCCAAAUGUAAUGCUAUUUUUAUACCUUAAUAAAUUAUUUUUCUCAUGGUCA